GUCCUGUCACGGGUCCCUGCCGUCCCUGCUCGCUCGGACAGCAGUGACACCAUCCCCGUGUUUGUUUCUGCCAGCCGAGAUCCUGAAAAUCUCCGUGCCCAGAGCGGGGAUUGGGAGGGCACGGAGGGCACGGAGGGCACGGAGGGCAGAGCAUCCCUGGGGGUGAGGGCGUAUCCUGAGUGGGAAAGGACCCCGGCAUCCCAAAUUCCCACCCUGGGCAUCCCUGGGAGCUGUCCCGGUGUUUAUUCCAGCCCCUGGGGAAGGAGAACCCUUCCCUGCCCCAGCCCCGCGCUUUUCCCGUGCUGGAAUCCCGAAUUCCCGAGGGCAGGAGCUGCUCCAGCGCCGGCCGCUGGUGCCAUCUACCCUCGCUCCCUGGAACAGCCCCGCGGCCGCGCUAAUGAGGUUUAAUUAAACCCAGCUCUGGCCGGCAAACGCGGUGACACGGGGACAGCGAGCGCCGGACACCCGGAGCGCCCGGGCUGUGUCUCCCAGGGAAUAUCGGAUCCUUCCCGGCUCGGGGUGAUGGAUCCGGACUUGAUGUUUCCAGUUACCCCUGAGGUGAAAGCUGAUGUGGAAUGAGCUGGGAAUUAAGGGAAUAGCGAUGAACUUGAACGAGAAGUGACUUUACAGCACUUCACUGAAAGUAAAAUCCAUUUAUUGAGGAUUUUAAAACUUAUCCAGGUGAUGUUCAGCAUCCUCACUGGUUCUGCAGGUAACCUGUGCUGAAAAAAAAAAUCUGAGACUUUCAGAAAGAAAAAUCUUCCAGGUUUGUACAGAAUUUUUAGAAUUUUUUCCCUUUUUCGUUUUUCUGGAGAAGGAAUCUUGCAGUGGACAGUAAAUGCCAGUUUUGCACCAGCUCAGGGCAGGGAGGAGUGACUGGUUUGGGGUCAGCUCUGAGCUGUGACUCAGCUCCUGGGCAGGGAAAUCAGGCCUCAUUUACGCAGAAAUCACCAUAAAUUUCCGUGCUCAUUUGCGUUGAGGACCCUCAAAUCUGCCUGCAAUGAUUAUUUCGCCCCUUCAGCCCUCUCAGCGGAUUCCCGGUGAUUCACCCUGUGGAUUCACAAUUCUCCCGGCCCCGGGGGGCACAGCCAGACCCCACCCGAGCGGAAUCCGGAGGGAUUUGGCUGCACAGGGAAGAGCGGGGUGAGCAGGGAGGGGCUGCGGGAGCAGAGGCGGCUCAGACCCCUCUCGCUCCGGCAGCGGAUCCCAGCCCGGCCAGAAGGGAUCCGGGAAUUCCGCAGCAGCAGGCGAGGAGGAGAGGGGAGAGGGAGGAAGAUCUGCGGCAAAGCCUCCGCAGCCCCCGGAGGUGAGUGCGAGGCAGGAGGGGAAAUCCCAACGCUGCCAGCGGAGACCUGGACAGGACCGAGAGCCUCCAGGGGGCUGGAGUGCAGCUGGGGCUCCGGAGAUGCCGUGGGAGCUGGGAAAAAGGAAAACGGGAAAAUGGGAAAAUGAGAUAACGGGAAAACGGGAAAACGGGCUCUGGAUGCUGACAGAGACCUGAGCAGCUGAGAAACCCCGGCAGGACGGGCUGGACGGGGGAGCCAUGGACGGGUUCUACCCCUCAGCGGGAGGAGCUGGGCAGGACGAGCUCGAUGCCAGCUCAGCAGAGCAGGAGCAGUCCCCGCUGUCCCCGCUGUCCCCGCUGUCCCUGCGGGUGGCGACAGCCGCCUGCCUGUCCCUCCUCAUCCUCGCCACGCUGCUGGGGAACAGCCUGGUGUGCGCCGCCGUGCUCCGCUUCCCCCAGCUGCGCUCCAAGGUCACCAACCUGUUCGUGGUGUCCUUGGCCGUGUCCGACCUGCUGGUGGCCGUGCUGGUGAUGCCCUGGAGAGCGGCCAGUGACGUGCUGGGCUUUUGGCCCUUUGGGGCUUUCUGUGACCUCUGGGUGGCUUUCGACAUCACCUGCUGCACGGCCUCCAUCCUGCACCUCUGCCUCAUCAGCGUCGAGCGCUACUGGGCCAUGGCCGACCCCUUCGGCCACCACAGGAGGGUGACACAGGCUGUGGCCUUCCUCGCCAUCGGCGCGGCCUGGCUGCUGUCCCUCCUCAUCUCCUUCAUCCCCGUGCAGCUGCAGUGGCACCGGGAGCAGCCGGGGUUUAAUGGCUCUGCGGAGGAGGGGAGGUGUGACCCCAGCCUCGGUGGGGUCUACGCCAUCUCCUCGUCCCUCAUCAGCUUCUACAUCCCCGUUGCCAUCAUGCUGGGCACCUACGGGCGCCUCUUCCGCGCCGCGCGGCGCCAGCUCCGCAGGAUCUCCUCCCUGGAGGGGCCGGGCAGCAGCGAUGGGGAAACCUCCCCGAAAAGCUCCCUCAGGAAGGAGACCAAGCUGCUCCAGACGCUCUCCGUCAUCGUGGGCGUCUUCGUGUGCUGCUGGCUGCCCUUCUUCGUGCUCAACUGCCUGGUGCCCUUCUGCGCGCCCGAGCCGUGCGCCAGCGCGGCCGUGCUGGGCACCUUCACCUGGCUGGGCUGGGCCAACUCCGCCCUCAACCCCGUCAUCUACGCCUUCAACGCCGAAUUCCGCAGGGCCUUCUCCUCCCUGCUGGGCUGCGGCCGCUUGUGCCCUGUCGCCGUGCAGAGGGUGACCCUCAGCAACGAGCUGGCGUCCUUCCACCCCGACACCCGCGGCGCCGGGGACACCCUGGGCCACCCCACGCUGCUGCCCCACGCUGGGCCGCGGGGGGAGAGGCACGAGGUGGUUUUGGAGAGGAUUUCUCCAGGGUGCUCUCCCCCUCUGGAGCCGCUUCCCGAGGGUGGAGCCCCCGCCCGGCUGGGGAGGGUCCCCCCGCCCGCCUUCCACUGAGCCCGGGCUGGGAAAGGAGGGCGGGAGGUCUCCGGCAGAGAGGGGAGCUGGGACAUUCCUGCGGCUGCCCCUUCUCCCAGGAGCCGAGGAUGAUGAGGGUGUCUCACUCUGUUUGUGUCACCCAGAGUGGCUGCCCAGGUGUCCCCAGGUGUGGUUUUGUAACUGAGGUUUGGUCCCAGCCUGGGUGGGCAGCAGGGAUUUGUGUCACCCACGGGGAAAAAACCUCAUUUCUGCAAAAUUCCACUUCCCCAGCGGCUUCAGCUGAGAGAGCAGGGGUGGUUUGGUCUCCUGGGCCUCUCCGUGCUCAGAAAGUGAAAGCCCUGCAGGGAGAGGCUACUUUGGCCACUGCCCUCGGCCUGUGGCCACCAGCCCCG